GACCACGACGGACGAAUUGGCAUUUGAAGAGGUACAGCUAGUGUUCAAUGGAAACUACAAUGGUGCUUUUCGCCGCGUUGUGUCUUUCUGUUGUUGUUCAAGUACAAGGUCACAGUUGGUCCAGAUGGUACGAUCGCGACGACCCUUCGGCUACCGGCGACUGGGAAACUGUCGCUGAUCUGCGGAAAUCUCACUACAUUUGUGGUGGCUGCAAGCCGAUUGGGGCCGAGUGUCGUGUUAAAGGCUCCUCUACUGUCUUCACGCGCUGGAGGGGUUCUGCACCCGAUAAGCUCGCUGCCAACUGCCUCCCAACAACUGGUUUGAUAUGCAAGAACGCCGAUCAAGGCUCUGGAGGCUACUGCAAGGACUACGAGAUACGGUUUCUCUGCCCUUCUACAAAGGUGGAAACGGGACCGUAUUUGGACAGAGAUGACCCAAGUGCAACUGGGGACUGGGAAAGCGUGUCUAGUUAUCGGAUAACUGACAAUAACAACAUUUGCCUUGGUGUGCGACCCCUUUGUACGCUCUGCCGUGACAAGAGCGACAAGACGCCAUAUUACAGCACUGGGGACAAGUUCAAUGACGGGCUGGCGUGUGGCUGGGACACUGGACUCGUGUGUACCACUGAAGUGAACGGCAAAUCAUGUAAAGACUACGAAGUGCAGUUUCGCUGCCCUGUCAUCGGAACUUGCACGACAUGCGGAAACGCACGCUGGACGAACUGGCUGAACAGAGACAUUCCCACUGCUACCGGAGAUUGGGAGAACGUCGGACCAACAGGGCACAACCCGUGCAACAGCCACGAGCCUAUCGACAUCCAAUGUCGUGAAAAAUCCACCGAGCAGCCAUGGGACCAAACCGGGCAGGUUUUCAAAAACAAGUGCACUCCUUCUGAGGGUCUCGUUUGCGUCAAUGCGGAUCAGGCCUCCGGACAGUCUUGCAAGGACUACGAGGUCCGCUUCCUGUGCCCAUAGAAGAAUUUAAGUUCUGGAACGAACACUACUUGCACAUGGCUUCUUGUUUUUAUCGUUACAAUUGAAAUAUCUUUGCUGAUGUCGCCUUUUCAUAUACUUAUCUAGAUUAAUAAGUCAACAUAAUAGUAAUUGUUUAUUAUUGAAAUUAAAUACCGAAAAACUUAUUUGGGAGUGAGCUGAUUAAAAACACGUCUUCCAAAAGAAAAUCAACAGAUACCAAAUACCAAAAUGCAAUAACCUGUAGAUGAAUUAAAGUACCAGAACAAGCCUAAAAUCAAAUAAGUCCUGUGUUUUUAUUAGAUACUGCAAUACUUGUGACAUGAAAGAAUGGUUAAGGUGAAGCUACGGUAUUUGAAUUACCAAACAGAUUACUUAAAAAAUGUGCAAACAAAACAGAAGCUGAAAGUAAAGCAAGGCAAAAUCUCA